AUGCAUUCUACUCUUAGUAUUAUAUCCCGACGCAAUCUUAACAACACGUCCACCCCAACAAACCAAAAUAAACAAAGAAAGCGCAGCGAAGCGAAGCAGCUCGAGCAAGGUGGCACCGGGGCCGGUCCAGCGCAAAGGGGUCUUUGGGAGCGACCGUUGAGCUGGCGCCUUCGAUGCAACGAGCCGCAGAAACACGACAAAACCAACCGUGUAUUAACAGAUGAGCGCCCACAGCGUCGCGGCAUUCACGUUACAGUCUACUUUGUACAAGAAGUAAACAAGUCUACUAUAGAUAUUAUAAAAGAACGAUUGCAGGACACGGCAACGCGGUACAAACUUGCGCACACAAAGGUCGGGCCCGUCCUUGAAUUAGCGUCGGGACUAUUGUCACCGCAUAAUGGGUUAGGAUCUGCGCGGAUCGCCCUCCACCGGGCACGCGCCGCCGAGCAAAAACUGCACGCGGACGGC